AUGAAUACUGAUCAUAUCAAUUAUCAACAAGAAAUAGCACAAUCAACGAAUGAAGAAAAAGAUCAUGAAUUAUCAGAAAAAACUGAAGAUGCGCCAAAACAACAUAUUACUUCUUCAACUACAAUAGGAAUUAAUCAAAAUCAAGAUGAUUAUCAAACAAUUAAUCAAAAUACAGAAAAUAAUAUGGAUAUUUUAACACCAAUUCAACGUCGAGAAAGAAUAUCUACUUUAUUAAUUAUUGCUAUAGUUGCUCUUUUAACUGGUAUUGAUUAUGCGAUUAUUUUACCUACAGCAUGGGGUUAUAUAAAUACAUUUAUGCAAUUUCAUUAUGGAGGCUUUGUUAUGGGUAUGCUUUUAUCUGUUUUUGCUUUAUCAGGUGCAAUUGCUGGUAUUAUACUUGGAUAUCUUAAUGAUACUGGCAUGUCAUUAAAACGACUUGUUCUUUUUGGUAUUAUGUUUAAAAUAAUUGGAAAUAUACUUUAUUUUAUUGGUAUUAACAUCUAUAUUGUUGUUCUAUCUCGAUUAAUUGCUGGUAUUGGUAUGGGAUUAGUUCCACCAUUAUUAGCAGAAAUAUCAAGACGAUCAACACCAAAAACACGUACACAACUCUUAUCAAAAAUACUUGCUUGUCGUCAGAUUGGUCUUUUACUUGGCCCUUGUAUGACAAUCUUAUUAAAACAAAUGAAUUUUAAAUUACUCGGUAUUCAAGUUACAAUGCAUAAUUCACCUGGUUUAAUAAUGGCAAUUCUAUGGAUAAUAUUAGCAUUUUUAACUGUAUUUUUCUUUUUUGAUUUACCUCUAUCUGCAACUGAUCGUAAAUCAUUAGCAAAUUCAAUGAAUGAUUAUUCAGUUAACCAAGCAUUCAAACGCGCUUGUAAAAUAUGCAAAAAGCCUGUGAUCAUAGUACUUUUAAUAACUUCAUUUAUCGCAUAUUUCAAUCAAACAGCACUUGAAACAACAUUAACACCAUUUACAAAUCAACAAUUUAAUUGGCAUGAAUUAGAAGUGUCAAUUUUAUUUGCAGUUGCCGGAAUUGAAAUCACACUUGUCUAUGUUGUAUUACAUUAUGUAACAAAAAAAUGUCCUGAUCAAUCUAUACUUUUAUUUGGUUAUAUUCUUCUUAGUUUAGCUUGUUUAGUUGCUGUUAUUAUCUUACCAUUUUCCGAGCCAGGUUCACAUAAAUAUCUACCUAUAUUUCUUGUUUUUGUUGCUCUGGAUAUUCUUGCUCUACCGCUUGUUGUUGUUACAAGUACAAGUUUAUUCACACAACAAGUUAGUAUUGAUGAACAAGGUAUUGGUCAAGGUAUUCAACGAUUUAUAAUAAAUGUUGCAACCGUUGUUGGCCCAUUAUAUGCUGGUGGUUUAUUGCAAUCAACUUGGAUAAUGCUAUGUUCAAUGUUAUUUAUAGUUCUAUUUGGAACAUUUCUUAUCUUUAUUAUUUAUCGUUCAUUUAAAUCAAAACAUGAUGAAGAAUUAUCAUCUUUAAUACGACCAGUUAAUGAAAGUCGAUAA